AUGCAAAUGCUUUACUUCUCAAAUCUGUUUGUGAUAUUUAAACCUCUGUCACCUGGGGCAGCCUUAGUUCUCAGAGCUCCUGGUACAAGCCUCUUCCCUUGGGUGGAUUCUUGGCUUUUCUCCCAGCAUGGCCCCCAAAACCAGUCUUCACUUCCACCCCAAGCAAAGAAACUGAAGAAACCGAGACUGACUGCUGCCUCCAGGCCAGAGGAAACGUCUGCUUCUCAGAACUUGCCGAAGGAAGAAAAAGAACAGCAAGAAGCAAUUGAACAUACUGAUGAAGUACAAAAUGAAACAGACAGACUUAACGAACAAGCCAGUGAGGAGAUUUUGAAAGUAGAACAGAAAUAUAACAAACUCCGCCAACCAUUUUUUCAGAAGAGGUCAGAAUUGAUCACCCAAAGCCCAGAUUUUUGGGUAACAACACUUGCUAACUAUCCACAAGUGUCUGCACUGCUUGGAGAGGAGGGUGAAGAGGCGCUGCAUUAUUUGACAAGAGUCGAAGUGACAGAAUUUGAAGAUAUUAAAUCAGGUUACAGAAUAGAUUUUUAUUUUGAUGAAAACCCUUACUUCGAAAACAAAUUUCUCUCCAAAGAAUUUCAUCUGAAUGAGAGUGGUGAUCCAUCUUCAAAGUCCACUGAAAUCAAAUGGAAAUCCAGAAAGGAUCUGACAAAACGUUCAAGUCAAACGCAGAAUAAAGCCAGCAGGAAGAGACAGCAUGAGGAACCAGAAAGCUUCUUCACCUGGUUUACUGAUCAUUCUGAUGCAGGUGCAGAUGAGUUAGGAGAGGUCAUCAAAGAUGCUAUGUGGCCAAAUCCAUUACAGUACUACUUGUUUCCAGACAUGGAUGAUGAGGAAGGGAAAGAAGAAGAUGAUGAUGAUGAUGAAGAGGAAGAAGGAUUGGAAGAUAUUGAUGAAGAACGGGAUGCAGAUGAAGGUGAAGAAGAUGAAGAUGAUGAUGAGAGGGAGGAAGGAGAGGAAGAUGAAGGAGAAGAUGACUAA